AUGGAAUUGAACAGUGGAGAUGUUCCAUUGCCCGAAUCUGACUUUGCCAGCACUUAUCGUUACAAAAACAAACUGAGAUUACAGGGUCACAAAAUAAAACGUAUGGUUGCCAAUCGUAAGAGCCGAGGCUUUUGCGAUCCAUUUGAUAGAGAUCUGCUCAUACAGAGAAUGGACACGUUCAAUAUUUUGAAUUGGACAAUCAAUGAUAGCAGGUUAACACCGUUGGAAUGUGCUACCAAUGGCUGGAAAUGUCACAGUAAAAGAAGAAACGAAUUACACUGUCAAGACUGUCAUGCUACAAUUUUGGUUCGUCUUAGUGGUAGCGGAGGAAUAGGAAACUCUCUGCUGACAUCUCGAAUAGGUAACCAGACAGGCGAUAGUCACAUGUCUUUGCUCAGUAACUUCUUAUUUGAGAGUGACCUUGAAGAAGAGGAAGAAGAAGCCGAAUUUCGAAGAGCUUUAGUGGCUUCCUAUGUUAGCAGACUGCAUUCAGAUCACUAUCAAGAAUGCGUAUGGAGAGCAGACAACUUGGACUUAUCUUUAGUGAAAAGGCAGUACUAUCUUCACAAUUAUGAUAUGGAUCGCAUUAUACCCCAAUUUGGGACAAGUUUGAGGCUAUUGGGUAUGCAUCAACAAGUGAUACUUGGACGUAAGAACUUCAAGAAGGACAUUAUCAGUGAAUCCGACAUGGGUAUAUUGAAGAACUACACCAAAAGAAAAUACAAUUCUUCGUUACUUUUGCUGGCUCUUUUAGGUUGGGAACUGAGACAACAACGAUUUGGAAAUCGUACGCUAUUACUAUUAGGUUGCAAAAACUGUACCAGAAGAAUUCUUUUAGGAGAGUUUCCUUCUAAUUUAGCAUUGGGUGGUGUAAAGAAGCUAUCUUCAUGUAAUUAUCCACCAUCCACCGUUUACAACAAUGAAGAUGGACUUCAUCCUAAGUCGUCCUACGAAGUGAUUGCAAGUGGGGAUAAAUGGAUAGAUGAAUUUGGUGACGAUGAAGUGAAUUUGAUCAAAGAACAUGAAAACUGGUGUUGUAUGGUGGGAAGGUAUUCAAGUUCAGAUUUACCUGGUUACAAAGUGGUAUUGCAGAUGUUAAAAAGUAAUACUUUCAUUGAGGACAACGAUGAUCAGAUAAUGCAGGAGGAAGACCACACCUUUGAUGAUAGUAUGGCACAAUUACGCAGCAUAUAA